GAAUCCCCACCCUGGAGGCCCUGGCCGCCAUGCGCCUCUCGGUUUCGGAUCCCUCGCUCCACCCGGCCCGGGCGGCAAAGACCUACGCGGCCUACCGCAAGAGCCGGCACUUCCGGGACGUCAGGGCCUGCGUGGAGCGGCUGGCCGCGGACCGCGUCCGGGCCCUGCUGGAAACGGCGGGAGCGCAGAACGGCAACGACAACGACAACGACGACUGGCACGGCCGGCAGGACACGGUCGACGAGCUCUUUGAAUCCCUGCAGGAGGAAGCCGGGGCCGACGAAGCGAUGUCAAUCUUGUCCAGGCACCCGGAGUUUCCCCGCUGGGUCGAGCGUGGCCUGGAGGACUACCUGCGGGAGGCCCAGAACGAACGCAUCGGCACCGGCACCGGCAGCGAGGGUGCUUCCGGCGGAGGGGAGGAGGCCAAAGCCCCCGAGGAACCGCCGGAAGAAGCACCCGGGCCAGCCGGGCCCGAGGAAGGUACCCCGGUCUUUAUGGAUUGCUACGACGCCUCCGAGGCGAGCCCCGACGGGAGCAGCCCGGGGCCCAUGGUUCCCUCCAUCCUCGGCCCGCUCGCGCCCCACCGGCACGGCGGGCCGGGAAAGAUGGUCGAGGAAUGGGAACUGGCGGCCCACCCCACCACCAAGCGGAUCCUGCUGCGGGACUGCACCUCCCGCAUCGCCAGGAUCCUGGCCAGCGAGCGGCGUGGCCACGGGCAACCGGGUCCCAGGAUCUACGUCCACGGAACGCGGGGAACCGGCAAGUCGGCCGUCCUCGCCUCGAUCGUAGCCUCGGCCAGAAAAUCCGGGUGCAUCGUGAUGUACCUGCCGGACGGGGACCGCCUCCGGAAAAACGGCUUCUUUGUCACCCCCAGCACCCACCCCGAUCGGGCGGGCAUGUUCGAUCUGCAGGAUCUCUCCCGGGAAGCCCUGGAACAACUGGCGGACUCCCACGCCACCGACCUGGAGGGAAUGGUGGCCGGCCGAGAGACCCUCGAGCAGUUCUUCAAGGAGGCCCAGCUCGAAAAAAUGUACGACCGCCUUUCCGAAUCCGCCGAAUCCGCGGCCGGGGAGACGACCGGCGUGUCCCUGAACGAUCUCGUGGGAUACGCCCGGGAACACAAGAAACACGCCCCCAUGUGUUAUUCCGCCGUCCUUUGCCACCUCACGAAGCACCAGACCGAGAAGAAAUUCGUUCUGGUCAUGGACGAGUUCAAUUGCUUGUUCGACCACCACGGCCACUACUUUCACAUGGCGUACGACGAGCACGUGCGAGAGGCCAUUCCCUGCCACCGAAUCAAUCUCUUCGAACCCAUCCUGGCCGCCAUGAACCUUUCCACCCAGACCGCGGAACAAGAAGAGGACGCGGCCGAAGCAGGCCCCGCCGACUCCGAGAACGCGUGCACCGCUUCGGUGGUGGUCGGCACCACGGAAUCCCAUGCCGUCCGGAGGGCCACCACGGACGCCCUCACGGAGUGCGCCGAGAGGCGUGCGGCAGGCACCGCGGACGAGAACUUUCACGUCGUGGAGGUCCCCCGCUUCUCCAGCCUCGAGGCCGAUCACGUCCUGGCAAACUUCGAGGCCAUCGGGAUCGGAAAGCUCCGCCUGGAUCGGGGAGACACCCUCAUGAAUCCCCAAGAAGUCGAAUUCCUGAAAAUGGCGUCCGGGUCCGUUGGACAAAAAUUAUUGGACGCGUCCAUUCUGUAAAUGUUUGGGCAAGACUGAUUUUUGAUAUGAAUUCUUAGACCUUCUAGUAGUAAGAGGCAAGUAGUCAGAGAGGUUAUAGUACUAGUGGUACUAAUACUUAAUAUUACUGUUGGAAGACUGGUAAGAGACCACUCAAGCACUUGAAUUUACUAGUAGCAACAGCAAGAAUAAUGACUAUUUGGCACC